AAGUAUCGAUAAGUUAGACUGCGAUAGCAUACGGAAAAAAGUGUUGGCAAUUGUUUGCAUUAAAGAAAUUUAUUAUUUUAUGCCUGCGCGUAACAAAAACAAAUAACAGUUUCUAAAUGGAUUCGAGGUUGGAUAUGUUUGAGGACGUCAACACAUCGCCGUCGCUGGAGGGCGACAUGUCUAUACCGGGAAAACGUACGACAACAACAACUGCACAACAUGGAGUGCCCGAAUACAAUACCUUAGACGAGCCCAUACGCGAAACGGUGCUGAGGGAUAUGCGCGCCGUUGGCAUUAAGUUCUAUCAUGUUCUCUAUCCCAAAGAGAAAUCUAGUCUGCUGCGCGAUUGGGACUUAUGGGGUCCUUUGGUGCUGUGCACCUUUAUGGCCACCAUUCUGCAAGGCUCCUCGUCUGCGGACAGCAUGUCUGAUAAUGGACCCGAAUUCGCGCAGGUCUUUGUGAUCGUUUGGAUAGGUGCAGCCAUUGUAACGCUAAACUCCAAGCUACUUGGUGGCAAUAUCUCAUUUUUCCAAUCGGUCUGUGUGCUCGGCUAUUGUCUGACGCCUGUUGCUCUUGCCUUGAUCAUUUGUCGCGUCAUCUUAUUAUCCACCCAGACACAUUUUCUAUUCUUCUUGCGCUUUGUAACCACAACGAUAGGUUUCGUUUGGGCCACAUAUGCUUCGUUUAUCUUUCUGGGUCAAAGUCAACCGCCGCAUCGCAAGCCGCUCGCUGUCUAUCCCAUAUUUUUGUUUUUCUUUAUCAUAUCCUGGCUGGUGCUAUCCCACAAUUAGUUCUUAGCUGUGCCUAGUUUAUAAACUAUAUCAACUUUCCAUUGCAUAACCAAAUCGAUUGUACAUUUAUAUAUAUUUUAAUUUGAGAACUGUGACCAUGCCAUGU